AUGGCCAUCAUCAUUUAUGAGUUUUUAGUUACAAAUACCUUGAACCUGGGAGUUCAGAACAAGGAUAUAGUUCUGGCCGAUGAUUCUGGCCGAUAUAGACAGGAUAUGGCCAUCGAGAAAUCGGUUUGGAUGGACAAGACAUCCAACACCUGCCAAACCGAUACAAGCACCAGCGAGUGGCCUCAGCUCCUGGGGAUCCUUGCUCUAGCAGCGGACGAUAUCGUUGUGGCGUUCAUCUCUGCUGGGUUCGCGACUCGUUCUACCCGUCAAAGGGCCAAUGAACAGUCCGUCCGCUGUGCUUGA